UCGCAAUACGGUCUUGAAGUCGAGAAGCAAAAUUUGGCCACCAACUUCCUCGUCUGACUUACAGCAUAAGUAUCGUUGAAAGCGACUGCCGAGUGGCUUAUUCGCCAUCAGACAUCAUGGCGAACGCAUUGGUGGCUGCCUGUGCCAUCUGUGUGAUUUUGCGCUCCCGUUUGGUGCUUGCAGAUGAAAACUGUUUCGUAGUGGCACCCAACGUCUUCAGAGUGGGGACAACCGAAACUCUCGCGAUCAUGGUGGACGGUGGUGCAAAGAAAGUGACUGUUGCACUCCGUAAUUUCCCCAACUCUCCGAGGACUUUCUUUUACCAGUCUUACAAUGCGAGCCCUGGUUAUCCACGAAUUGAGGACAUCAUCGUGCGGGUGAAUGAUGUGCCCGAGCUGCGGUACGAACAGAACAAUGUCUAUGUCACGCUGGAAGUUACAUGCGGCGCUUUGUGGAAAAGGAGUACGCAGGUUCUCGUGAGCCCUGCAUCUGGAGAGCAUUUUCUCGUUCAGAUUGAGAAGCCCAUCUACCAUCCAGGAGAAAACGUGAACAUAAGGUUCUUGGCCGUCGAUGGAAGGCUUAAACCAUCACAGAGCAUCUUCAGACUGGAAGUUCGGAAUCCCCAAAACGUGAUCGUUGAAAGAACCGAAUUUCAGCCCAAAAAAGAACUGCUUCUAUCACACACCUAUCACCUGCCCAAACGCACGCUUCUUGGGGAGUGGUCGCUUCUCAUCAAGCACGGCUACAACUUUCAGCAGAACACAACGUCUACGUUCCUGGUCGAUAAAUACGUGCUUCCAAGAUUUAAGGUCGACCUAAAUGUCCCGGAUUAUGUAUUGAGCAAUUUUUCGAAAAUACUCUGCACUGUGGCUGCAAGGUUCGUGAAUCGAAAACCUGUCGAAGGUGCAGUGAUUUUCCAAUUCGGGCUAAAGCAGGAGGUUGGAGACGUGUCGUGGUAUUCAAGCAGCAAAUAUCCAGUGCUCCUUGAAGGCGGGGAUGCUGCGUACACACUGGAGCGGGAGCAGCUUCAACCAUUCAUUCGCAACCGCUUGAAUGAGCUGUUUGCCAGCCAUGGACGAUUGGUGGUGAAAGCAACUGUCACCGAGGAAGCUACUGGAGCUAAGGAGUCGGCUCAAAGUGACAAGACGGUUUUUUCUAAGACGCCCUACGUGAUUUCACUCAGGAAGAACCAACGAAGCUUCAAGCCCGGCACCAAGAUAUACAUAAUCGCUGAAUUGACCUACGUCAAUGGAAACCCAGCUCGAUAUGUGCCGAUGAAGAUCGAAUUGUCUUCGGGAAAAAUCGGAGAAGCUACAACCGACAGUAACGGAGUGGCAACGUUCUUCGUAUCGACCACCAACAAUGACGGAGUGCUUUCCAUCGAGGUGGCCACCAACGAUCGGAGGUACCCAAAAGAGUGCGAGGCACGAGAGCGGCUCAAACUAGUACCAUACACGAAUUUUUCACAAGGAUUCAUCGCCAUCCAAAGAAAAGACCCAAAGAGUGUUGUUAAAGCAAAUGACGUGUACGAAGCUGUUCUAUUUAUACACCACUUCGACAAAAUUACUUCCUCGGUUUAUUAUGCGGUUCUGUCCAAGGGUAGAGUGCAGCUGGUCAGGAGGCUGCCUGACGGAAGAAGAAUCGAAGAAAACAUAGUGAUACCUGUCACACCUGAGAUGACGCCCAGCUUCCGCGUGGUGGUAUUCGCAGUGCUGGACGGACGCGUCGUUACGGACUCCAUUUACGUGAACACCCAGCCUGCGUGCACAGACACAUCUAACGUAAUCCUGGAGAGGAUGAAUUUGGGAACAUCUGAGCCCAUGGCCAGCGAGACAGUAGUCGUUACGGGCACGCCUGGUACACAUGUCGGGUUGUUGGGCGUAGACCAGGCCCUGUACCUGCUGAGAAAGAAGGAUCUUCUAACAAGGGACACGCUGUUCCAGUCUCUAGAUUCCAAGGACCUUGGUUGCGGCGCGGGUGGAGGUGUGGACGCGGCGGAAGCGCUUUCCAGUGCCGGCGUCGUGCUGCUCACUGAAAAAUACGUGAGCAACACUUUAAGAAGCGGUAUUUCCUGCCAUGAACACCGAAGAAAGAAGCGAGAAGUAGCGAACAACAUUUUGGAAGAGUAUGAGGACGAGACCCUGCGCAUGUGCUGCUUUCGGGGCCAAAGAAAGGACAAGUUACUGCGUUCUUGCGACGACAGAGUGGACAUCCUGAAGAAGUACAUGGAACUAGGAAACCCGAAUAUCAAGCAGGACUGCGUUGACGCUUUCAAGAGGUGCUGCCAGCUCGCAGACGAUUCUACUGAGGGAAGAUUCGGUGGUGCUGAUACAGAGCUGACAGACGAGCUUUCAGGGGGCGACACACAGAUCCGCGUAGAUUUUCGUGAGACUUGGCUGUACAACAAUGUUGUUAUUAGGGAUGACGGUAGGGCUGAACUGAGCGCCUCCUUGCCGUCAUCGAUAACCACGUGGGAGGUGAUCGCCGUGAGCAUCUCACCCAGUGGGGGCGUCUGCGCGACCAACCCUCUCGAAAUUUUAGCAAUGAAGAAGUUCUUCAUCGAAGUGAACGUACCCUACUCCGUUGUCAAGAACGAGCAAAUCGAGAUCCCGGCUACUGUCUACAACUACGGCCAAAAGCCGGUGGAGGCACGAGUGAUGCUGCUGGGAACCACCGACAUCUGCUCCGGCGCCAAGCUAGGCAAGCCGUCUGCGAUUCGAAAGCUCCGAAUUCCACCUGGACAUGGCCGUACCGCCAUGUUUCCGGUGGUUCCGCUUUCUGCUGGAGUACGAGACAUCCACGUCAAAGCGACCAGCAGCAGCGGGGAAAGUGACGCCGUCCAGGUGAAGCUGAAUGUCCGGCCACCCGGUAUUACGAAGACGAGGUCGUUUGCUGUUGUCUUGGAUCCUCAAAACACGCAAGGGCGAAGCGAGCGAUACAUUCAUGAGUCGUACACAGCAAUCUAUACAUCUAAUGACACCCAAGUGGUUGAUAUAAGACGGCCAUAUCCGGACAAUGUGCUGCCAAACACGGAGUACUGCGAAAUCGACAUCGUUGGAGACGAAGUGGGUGCCAUAUUAGAAACUGUUGUCAAGAGACCAGAAGAGGUCGUAAUUUUGCCAACUGACUGUGGAGAGCAAGCCACGAGCAAGUUGGUGCUAGCACUGUAUGCUUAUGAGUACUUUAAGACUACUAAGCGCAUCAGCCACGGCGACGAAAACAAAUCGCUCAAGUUCUUCCGGGAAGCGUACGAUAAGGUACUCCAGUACAGGAAACCAGAAGACGGCUCUUUCAGCGUUUUUCAAAAACGACCUUCAUCUUUAUGGCUUACUGCUUACGUAGUUCGCACUUUGUGCCAGGCAACAACGGCCAUAAUGAUUGACGAAGCUGUGAUUACGAGCGGACUGCGUUACAUUGCCAGUAAGCAGGGAAUGAACGGAGAGUUCACAGAACAAAGAUCCUGGAACUACAAUCAGGAGCAGUCCUGGCGGCAUGAAAGGCUAGUGGCCCAGUUACAGCACCCAACAGCCACGACGGCCUAUACGCUGAUUACUCUCGAAGUGUGCGACGCCGAGGGCUUUAAGGUUCCAAGCCUCUCAAAGGAGAGAGCUGCAGCCUUUGUGGAACGAUACGUAAAACAAGGAGACACACCGGGAGGGUUGGCACUGGCAGCGUAUGCCUUGUCGCUGGCUAAAAGCCCAGGAAGGCAGAAUGUCAUCCAAUGGCUGCGAGACUCCAUGCGCCUCGACCAAGGUGAGCGCCAUGUGCCAGGAUCCAGUGAAGUUGUGUCCUCUCAAGCAACAGCUUACGCUAUUAUGACAUUCAUUAAUGAAUUGGAUAGUGUUAAUUAUGUCGCAACCCUCGUCCAGUGGCUAGCCAGCAGGAUGAGUCCCAAGGGAUCUCUCCAGACCACUCAGGAUACUACGCUGGCUCUCCAAGCACUUACCAGGUAUGCCACCUAUGCCAAAGAAAACAGCCUUGACCUGUCAUGUCAAGUGACCUUAAGUAACAACAAGGACUUCAAGAAGAGCUUAAAAAUCAAGCGGGAUAACGCCACUGUCCUCAACAAGAUUGAGAUUGACCAAGGAAGCGAAAAAAUAUUCGUCAACGUCAAAGGAUCUGGAACCGGAAUUCUGUAUUUCAACUAUACUUACAAAGCCAAAGUCCCGGAUAACAUUUGCAAGUUCAACAUCACAGCGAACUUCGAACAGAAGCAUCUAAGCCAGUUUGAAAUACUGACGCGAAUUUCUCGUAGUGUCGAAGAUAGAAACGUGCGCCAUCAGAACAUCAGGCCUGACUAUCGCAUGGAGGUCUGCGCAAGUCCGAAUGAAGAUACUCCUGAUGGUAUGGUAAUUUUCGAAGUCGGUCUGCUGUCAGGAUUCAAAGCCAAUGCUACGGACUUAGAAAGGCUCGUCAAUGAGGGAAAGAUUGACUUGUAUGCUAUAUCAAGCAGCAAGGUUGACAUUUAUGUUCCUUCGAUUCCAAGAAACACAACAGCUUGUGUUAACUUCACUCUUGAGCAAGAGUUCACUGUUGGCCAAUUGCAGUCAAGCUAUGUGAAAGUGUAUGCUUACUAUGAACCAGACUUUUCUUGCGAACGUUUAUACACGCCGGACAAGACAAGUCCUCUGUUGAAGUUCCUCUGUGACUCGGAAAACACGGACGUGUGUGCUUGCGCAGAAGGUGGAUGCCCUCCAGCAGACCCGCUCAUCAAGUUUUUAAAGAAAAACGAGGACGAAUUUUUCGAAGAGGCGGAGCAGCAUGAACUUCUCAGAGAAUUCGCCUGCGAUGAAGUCGACUACGUGUGGAAAGGAAAGGCAAAAAGAAAUAUUUCCACGGAUGGAUUCAUAGAAGUGACGUUCCUUAUAACGCAAAUUCUUAAACCAGGCCAUGAAGAUGAAUUGGAAAAUAAGAUACGCCGUAUCAAGGUGCGCGAUCACUGCGCCGCAACUUUCAAUAUGCCCAAUGACACAGAAUUCAUCAUCAUGGGAAAAGAUUCCACGCAUAUUGAAGAAGAUGAAUUCAAGGACGAACAGUACCUGUAUUUGAUCGACAGCAGUUGUCUAGUUUUUCCUACAAGGCAACGAAACAAGAAGAAACAAAAGCUUGUGUCGUGGUUCAAGCACGAGUUCUCUGACGAAACGAAGCGCUGCUUCUCAUGAAUGUGCUCUCGUGCUAUAUGUACAGCACUUUGUCCGAGCAGAUUUAUAAAUCGAAGUACCAUAGUGAAA